AUGUACAUAAACUGGUUUCAUCAUUUUGUUCCUCAAAUUUUCGGUUAUCUGGCAUUCAUUGUAAAUCCGUACUUUGUCCACCUCAUUUUCACUGAAAAAGUGAACUUGGGCAAUUAUCGAUUUUUGUUCUCCUACUUUGCACUGUUCAAUAUUUUCCACUCGUUGAUGGAUAUCUUUGUGCCCAUCAUGCUGCGUACGCCAACACUCUCUGGUAUGUUGACGCGCAAAUGCGCGGAUUCGGUCGGUGCGCCCUCCGAUCGGUCAGCUCAGUCGGCUUGUUUCCAGGGAAUUCAUGGAACUCGUUACUGCUUCUUGAUGUUUCUCAGCGAUGGUUGGUUAUUUAAAAAAUCGGAGCUCAGCAUGUUCCUUUUGGCUGUUCGUUGCUCACUGAUUGCCUGUACAUAUGCUGUACUUAUCAGUCAUUUUGUGUACAGAUAUCUAACGAUUCGAGGGAGUUCUUUGGUUAUGAGUUAUUUUCCUGGAUUUAUGAUCGCCUCAUUUUGCUUGUGUGCGUUUGGCUCGGUUUUUUGGAUUGUGGAUGCGACUUUGGAAAUUCUCAUAAAAUCAUAUUUCGGAGUCGUUGCCGGAACUUUUGUGUCCGUUGGGUCGAUUUCGAUUUUUAUAACCUUUGGGAUUUUGAUAAUGAAUCUCCUAAAAGAAAAGCGUCUAAGCGAAAAGACCGCCCGUCUCCAAAAAGAACUCCUUCGAGCUCUAAUCGUCCAAACCGCCAUUCCAAUUUGUCUCAGUUUCGCCCCUUGUAUGCUCAGUUGGUACACCCCAAUGUUCAAUUUAAAAUUGGGAAAAUGGUUGAACUAUACUGGAGCAGUUGCAUUGGCUGCGUUUCCAUUUAUUGAUCCUGUCGCUGUCAUUUUAUGUUUGCCUGGAUUGAGGAAACGAAUUUUCGGCGACGGAAAAUUACAUCACGAAAAAAAAUGUAUGAGCACAGUCACAGUCCACAAGAACCACCUACAAAAAAAAUUAGUAAUAACAUAUCAAACCGAUCAGAACUCAAAAAUCCAGAUUUUUUGA